AUGUAUUGCGCCCUCCGCGUGGCGGACUAUGCUGGCGAGCCGGAGCCGGGCAGCUUGAGGCCCGCCGAGUUUGCGGUGGAGGCGGUGGAGUCGCUCAAGGGCUCGUCAACUCUCGGGAUCGUGGCUGAUCCCGGAGCACGAUUACGCUUCUUGAGCGUCAACCUCGGCUCAUGGCUGAUCCCGGAGCACGAUUACGCGGUCGUGACGAACGAGUCGCUCUGCGAGUACACCGAGCGCGUCGGCGCCGCAAAGAGCAGCCGCGAGCACCUGUCGACUUUCGUGACGGAGGCCGACUUCGACUGGAUGGCGUCGCACGGCGUCAACACGGUGCGGGUGCCGCUCGGGUGGUGGAACGUGCUGCACGCGUCGGAGCUGCCCGACCCGGGCACGUCCAAGGCGUGGACGUCCUUUGCGCCGUCGCCCGAGGUGUCGAUGGCGGCGAUCGGCCAGGCGCUCGAUUGGGCGGCACAUCGGCGCAUGUAUGUGCUGCUGGACUUGCACGGCGGGCCGGGCGGGCAGAAUGGAAAGGACCACUCCGGCUGCCACGGGGUUGCGGAGUGGCACGAGCACUCAGUCAACAACUCGCUGCUGGUCAUCUCGGCCCUGAUGGAGCGCUUCGGCGACCACGACGCGCUGUGGGGCGUCGAGCUGCUCAACGAGCCCGGAGAGACCGGCGUGGGCGGCUUCUCCACCGCCCCGCUGCGGACAUGCCGCAGCGCACAGCGGCGUGGCGCGGCGGCGUACGCCAUCAUCCGCUCCCACCGGCCCGACGUCGCGGUCGUGUUUUGCGUGCUGUACUGGUUCGACUUUUGGGCGUGGGCCGGCCAGCUGCGCGAGCCGCGCUACUACAACGUCGUCACCGACUACCACAUGUACACGGCCUUCGACGGCUUCGACGGCGACUCGCCCGACUCGAUGGUGGAGGACGCGGCGCGCGCGUUCGGGUGCCGGCUGAUGCAGCACUCCUACCACCACCCGGCGGUGGUUGGCGAGUGGGCGCUCGCGGUGGACCGGUGGGGCCAAAAGGUGAAGCAGGGGUACGUGGACGCGCAGCUCACCUCUUACAACUCCUCGCUCGGCUCGUACUUUUGGACGCAUGGCCGAAUGGGGCAUCACCGGCAAAAAGCCGUCGGGUACAGACAAGUGGGACACGGCGAGUUCCACUCGUCCUACGCCUUCCCGAACGUGCGAAAGUGGUACCCCUCCGCCCCUGGCGCUCCAUCGCUCGAGCAGCUCCGCGCCGGAACGCCCGUCGGCGCGGGCCACGGCCUGCUGCCGCUGCCGCCCAUCACGGCUCUCUGCCACACGCCCGAGGUGAUCGCGCGCGUGAGCGGGCGGCUGAGUGUGAUGCGCAUGAUGCCCUCGGGCCGCCUCUCGCGCGACCAAAAGGAGCUGCUGGCGCAGAGGGACCCCGCGCUGCGGCCACUGGUGUGA